AUGGCCGCCAUCCUUCCCAAGGGCGCGAAGAACAUCCUCUCCAAGCAACCACAAGACAUCGUCUUCCUCUCCGCCCUGCGCACCCCCGUCACUCGAGCGAAGAAGGGCGGCUUCAAAGAUGCCUACGACCAUGAGCUGCUCGCCUCGGUGCUCAAGGCAACCCUCGCCGCCAAUCCCAAACUAGAUCCUCGCAAGAUCAACGACAUUCACGUCGGCACGGUUCUUUCGGAACUGGGGGGCAGUAAGGCUGGACGCAUGGCUGCUUGCCACGUCGGCUACCCCGAAACAGUCGCCUUUCAGACCGUCAAUCGAGCGUGUAGUAGCGGCUUGUCCGCCAUCACCGGCAUCGCCCAUGCGAUUGCAAUGGGCCAGAUCGACGUGGGUGUUGGUGGGGGGAUGGAGAGCAUGACGAGAAAUUACGGCUCACGUGCCAUCCCCACGCAGUUAUGGCCGGCGUUGAAGGAGUCGCCCGACAAGGACGCAAGAGACUGUAUCAUGAGCAUGGGCCUCACAGCCGAGAAUGUGGCGGAGAGGUAUGGCGUCAGCCGUGCAGACCAGGAUGAGUUCGCCGCGCGUUCGCAUCAUAAAGCUGCCAAGGCGCAGAAGGAAGGGUUGUUUGACGAAGAGAUUGUGCCUACCACGACGCGAUGGCUCCCCGACCCCGAAGCCCCCGAGAAGGUGGAGGAGGUCACGGUGUCCAAGGACGAUGGUAUCAGGCCCACGGUGUCCGCGGAGAAGAUGGCGACGCUCAAGCCAGCUUUCAAGGAGAACGGGGUGGUAACAGCGGGAAGCAGUAGCCAGGUGUCAGACGGGGCAGCCGCCGCGCUCAUGAUGAGACGAAGCACGGCCACCGAACUCGGCCUCACAGAUUCCAUCAUCGGUAAGUGGGCGGGCACGCAGGUCGUAGGCUGCAAACCAGACGAAAUGGGCAUCGGGCCCGCCGUCGCCAUCCCGAAGCUCCUCGACUACACCGGGGUGAAGACGGAAGAAAUAGGCAUUUGGGAGAUUAACGAGGCUUUCGCCAGCCAGGCGUUGUAUUGCAUUCGUACAUUGGGUGUCGACGAAGCCAAGGUUAAUCCCAAGGGUGGCGCAAUCGCCCUCGGACAUCCGCUUGGUGCAACAGGUGCCCGACAACUGGCAACGCUGCUCCCGGAAAUGAAGAGACAGGGCGUGGAAUUGGGAGUGAUAAGCAUGUGCAUCGGGACGGGCAUGGGCAUGGCAAGCUUGAUCGUGCGGGAGUAA